UAAAAAUAAUUAUUCACGAGAGAAAUCGUAACAAUUAUCUAAAAUAACUUUACUCCACUAACUUUUAACAAAAUUAACUUCUUCAACCGAUUAACAAAACAAUCUUUCUACGACAAAAUAACUCUGUCCAAUAUUCAAAUUCCAUUUCCGUUUCUCGUUGUUUCGAACAAUAAAACGCAACAAUCAAAAUCUUGCUCCUCCUCCAACACCUGAUGGAACUAAAUUGUCCAAUUCGUCUCCCGAACAAUUGUAGUAAAGCUUCACGAUUAACGAGACCUCACGAUUUCGCCUUCACGCUUUUUAGAGAAACUCGCGUUAAUGACGGCCCCUCGCCGAGUUAAAGAACGGCGAUACGCCAAAGAUCCCGUUUAGUCGAGCAACCGAGCAACGCCAUGAAUCGUCGAACGUGCAGCAAACUCUUAUUCCUCUUAUUCUCCCUGUUUCCGAACCCCAGCUUCCCGACUCUCGAAACGCGAAACGCAACUCGAAACAACGAGGAACCUCCUGUUCAAGAAUCUCUCGACAAAUCCUCCUCCUCCUCCUCCUCGAUCGAGAUCGAAGACCACCGAUUCCCUUUGCAAUCGAAUUCCACCACCAUGGAAACGUAUCGAGAAAAGCUGACAUUGUCCGUGAACGAGGAGAACGUGACCAGGGAAGAAUUUCGACCGAGCUUUCAUCUGGGCGAGAUUAAAGAGUCCAGGAUCGGCAACCCGUUCGAUGCACCGAGCCAUUUCAACCUCGACGAGGCGACGAGGGACGAAUCGUACGACUCGAAACGCUUGCAGCUCGUUCGAGAUCCUCUCCGUCAGAAUUUAUACCUGGGAGAGGAGGGGAGGAACGAUGGAGCACGGUUCCAUCAACGGCUCCACCCGAACAGGGAGGAAGACGGGGGCACGCGAGGAUCAUUCGAGGAUCAACAGGUUCUCGAUCAGGGGGGGGCGAGUUACGUUUGGGGUAAACCGUCCAAGUUUCAGGGCGACUCGUUGAAAGGAGAGAUUACCGAGUCGACAUUGUCGAACGCGCCGUUCUCCUAUUCGGCGGUGUUUCACGAUCGUCCAAGUGAAGAGGGGAACGAUUUUCAGAAGCCGGGCGAUGGGUUGGUUUACGUGCAAGAAUCCUCGUUCACCAGGACCAGAACGUUUCCUUACACCGUUCAUCAGCCGCACGUAGGAUACCAACAGAUCGAUCUCGUCAACGAUUUGCGUCCGUAUCCCGUUAAGAAAAGGGAGUCACCCUGGACGAAGAUUUUGCACUUGAUCGGGACGAUUCUGCCCCUUGGCCUGCUCAUAGCUGCCCUCACACCGAACGUGGUCAAGGUUGACAACGCUACCCAGCCGAAUAUCGUCCUGUCGAAAUGGAGGGUCGCUGACCUACCGGUCGAGCAUAAGCAGGCGCGAUCCGUGGAUACGCGGGCCGAGGAUUGCGAGGAGAGAUCCGUUUGCCGAGUGAUCCUUGCCGGCGGUGAUGCCGGAUCUACCGUGUUGCAGAAUAUCUUGUGGAAUUUGGCAACGAGAACGUCGAUCGCAACGGCGAAGAAGAGCGGUCUUCACGAAGUUUUCAAGGCGGUGAAGAAGAGGAAUUGCGCCAGCGUUCCCUGCCAAUCUCCCCUCUGAUCUUGAAUCAAGAAAAAAAGAAAAAAAAACAUGGCGGCAGACAACGGCAACAGCGUUAAAUACACGGAUGCGAGCAAUUUUCCCCGGUGAAAAAUUGAAGCCAACUGCUACACUACCAACGUUCAACUUUCUCUAAACGAUAGGAUAAUAAUAAAAAAAAAAAAAGAAAAAGAAAAAGAAAAAAAAAGGGCGAGGAAAUAGAAGCGUAGAAACUCCGAGCGUAAAAGUAGCUAUCAACUUUUUAUUUAUUCAUUCAUACCUUUUUUUUUUUUUUUCCACAAUUGCGAACGAGUUUGUAUCCAUUCUAUCGAAUUCUAUCGAAAGUCUGUGCGAGACUCUUGUUGUUGUUGGAAAGUGAGGAAAGAUCGAGCGAACAAGGGAGCAGCUUUGACCGAUUAUCGAUGAAACGAUUAUCCUCUGGCAUCUCUGUUUCGCCUCGUGCUCGCCUCUGCCCGACACACAAGCGAAAGUAGUCACACUUGCGUGCAACUAGGUCGACGCGAUAUAUACAUAUAUAUAUAUACACGUGUUCUACGUUCGGGAAUUUUAUGUCUCUUUACGGGAUAUAAACAAAGGGAUUUAUCGACCAAGCUUUCAACGAGAUCAAAAUCGAAAAAUUAUCCGUCUCUUUGGAAAGAGAUCUUUGUUCUCCAUUUUCCUCAAUCUCCCGAUAAGAGAUGUUUAUUUUCCAAACAGAUUAAAUACAGACACAGGUUUUAACGGAUCGAGGACGAGUUUUUUCGCGAAAGCUAUACGCGAAAAGUAGUUGACUUUCCAUCAUCGGUGGCGUUAUUAAAAAGAGAGAAAAAUCUUGGAUACUUCGA